AUGCUUUUCGAGCAAGAGCAACGGCGGCGCAGGCCGACGGGCCACUAUUGGAUUGCCGCCUUCUUCCUAUCCGUCUUCCUGGUGGCCGUAGCCCUCUACUACAGCGCGACCGACCUGCCUCCGGACUCGUUCAGCACACAGCCAGGCGGUCACUCCAAGUCAAGGCAGAUAUACGCCACCUACCUGACCGCACCAUCCGCCGACCAAGCCGUAACCUCGCAACCACACGGCUUCGGCGACGACGACCCGUACUUCGUCGGCGUGCGCAUGCUGAACUACCAGCUGCGCCACGCGCCCGAAACCCGCAGCAAGCGGCAACUCCCCUUCGUCGUCUUCGUCGCGUCGACCGUCGAAGAGUCUAAACGAGCCGUCCUCCGCAGCGAGGGCGCCGAGGUGGUCGAGAUCGCGCACCUGGGCGCCGACUGGAUCCACACGCCGCAGCAGCGCUGGUCCGACGUCAUGACGAAGCUGCGCAUGUGGGAAUUCGAGGACGACUACGACCUGGUCGUCUUCCUGGACAGCGACAUGCUCAUCACGACGUGCCUCGACGGCAUCUUCGACGAAGCCGCCGCGCAGCCGCGCCGGACCCUCGACAGGCCCAACGCCACCGUCGCCGACGAGGCCGCCCUGCCCGACGAGUACGUCAUGGCCGGCGUGCCGCAGGCUGAUUUGUUGCAGUGGCCGUCGUUCAACAAGACGGCCAACUACGACCAGAUGAACGCCGGGUUGAUGGUGUUCAAGCCGUCGCGCAAGCUGUUCGCGCACUACGCCUCCGUGCUGGCGAUACCCGGCCGCUUCGACGCGACGCUGCCCGAGCAGUUCUUGCUGAACUACGUGCACCGCGACGACCGCAGCAUGCCGUGGGCCCGCCUCGACCUCGUCUGGCAGGCGCAGUAUCCCAACGCCGAGGAUAUCGCGAACGGGGUGCGGAUCUUGCAUGACAAGUGGUGGAAUCCUUGGAUCAAGAACGAUACGGCUGAGCUGUUCCACGCGUGGCGAUGGCGCAUGGAGGGGUUCUAUGAGGGCGUUAGGGGGAAGAUUUAUGAGCCGGCUUACUAUAGGCUCAACAAUACCAACUAG